AUGGCCAACGCUGCAGGAAUCCGGUUCAUGUUUGAUGCCAGCAUCCGAUUUCUCAGCAAGCAAGCUCUUGAACCGCAGUUUCAUGCGGAAGUCAACACCCGUAGCCGCGGCAGGACGAUCCUGGGUGUCGACGAGGGGAGCAGAUGGCAGGAGUGUCGGGUAUCCACCCCGACCACCGACCAGCCAAUCAGAACGUGCGGAUUUCAAAGCCUUGUCGAGCGAGCCGGUCGAGACAUCACUCUUCACGCCACCCUGGGUCUUGCACACUUAGCCUCCACUGCCCCGCCGCCGGUGUUUGACGUGCUAGUGCAUGACCUGACUGGGGUCCGGAUCUCGAGCGCUGCUUCGCCCUGUUCCGUUCUCUCCGACAUUCGUUGCGAUCGCCGUACUUGUCCUCGUCGAUUGCUCGUCAUCAAGCUUCUUCGCCACCACCAUCAGCAUCCACCCCACCGACACUGUCGUCGUCCUCGCUACAGUCUGGACUGCGAACACGAGGACGUGAACCGGAGGAUCCAUUCAAACCUCUUGCACUCGAAGUAUACUGACUUCGUUCACGUCUCUGCCAAUCGUCGAGAGAUCAUCACACGUUCCCUCGAGAACAACAGCCGAUAUCUGAAUCAGAGCAGAUCCCUCGUCUCACGACCGACCACAGGCUUGUAG